CCAGAAACUAUCCAGGACCCAGAACUCUCUCCAGCAGACGAGCCAGAGCGGGUUUCUUCCCCAGAGGCCUUUCCUUGGUCGUAUGAAAUCACAACUCCAAAGAUGGCCGUGUGGAGUGUCGGCUGCCGUCCACAGGACUCAGUGACCUUCCCCGACGUGGCCGUGAGCUUCACCCCGGAGGAGUGGACGUGUCUGGAUGCCUCUCAGCGGAAGCUCUACAGGGACGUGAUGCUGGAGACCUACCAGCACCUGCGGGCCAUCGAUGCUUCUGUCGUGAAGCCCACUGUGAUCUCCUGGUUAGAACAAGGAGCCUCGAGGACACUGAAGACAGGAAUCUUUCAUGGUGUGUGUUUCUGGUCUGGAGAGAUAGUCUAG